GAACGUUGCCUUUAAGCUAAAUUAGGUGGCAGUGUCUCGCGGAAAAAAAGGAUAUCAUUUAAAUCUAACACAGGAUAUUAUCAAAUAAAAGGACUCAACAUGGAUACAACUACAGCUACAAUGAGCCCUUCAAUUGAGCAUCCGUAUCUGAUGAACACGCCCUGGUUUAUGUUGGGCACAUUGGCUCUAUAUCUAUAUAUUGUCACCGAUUUGGGUCCAAAUUUUAUGGAACACCGCAAGCCCUACACGCUAAAGAAGUUGAUUAUUUGCCACAACAUUAUCCAAGUGGUGUCCUGUAUAUAUGUGAUUUACGAGAUUCUGUUUGUAACCCAUGGAAAUAUAUUAUAUUUCUGGAAAUGCAGCGGUCCAAUUCAUGAACCCGAAAUUGUCACACGUCAUUUUCGAUUGGCUCAGUUUCUAUUUUGGCUUAAACUCUCUGAACUCAUUGAGACAGUGAUCUUUGUGUUGAGGAAGAAACAGAAUCAAGUAUCCAAGUUGCAUGUUUUUCAUCAUAUAGCCACUUUGACAUUGAUCUAUUGUCUUUUACAUUAUAAUGAGAAUGGCACUGCAGCAUUUUAUCCCGUAUUCCUUAACUCGAUGGUGCACAUUAUUAUGUAUUCCUAUUAUCUGGUGGCAGCUGUGGCCGAUAAGAAAGUGAUUCGUGCUCUGACGCCUGUCAAGAAAUCCAUUACGGUUAUCCAAAUGGUUCAGUUUUUCUUUAUUUUACUCCAAGCGGUCAUCCAAUCGAUUCGUUGCGGGGUACCCAAAGUUGUAUUCACAUAUUUUGUUAUUGUAGUUGGCCUCAUGUUUUAUGGUUUCUAUGAUUUCUAUAAUAAUUCCUAUAAGAAAUCGCAGCGGCGCAAGAGUUUAACUUCUGAGAAGUGAGAGAAUUCUUGAAUAAUAAUCAUAAUCAAAUAUGGAAACAACGCAUAAACAAAAGAUAUCUAAGAACAAAAAUUAAA